AGGUCCCAAGAGCUUGAGGAAAAGGAGAUGUCCCUGGCUGUUUCUACCCCACCCCGAAGCUUGCCCAAGAUCCUAAACCUUGGCCCAGGAAUGAAGUCAUGCGGAGCCCAGAAUAGCUCCUGCUGAACGCGUGGCCAGAUCAGGUUCAGAGCUCGGGACACAGGGACCCUCUGCCUCCAUCUGUGUGUGUUUCCCUUCUUCUCUCCCUCUGUCUGUCCUUGGCAGUUCCCUUUCUUCCUCCCACCCCUCCCCCUUCCCACAUGCUCAUGAGCUGGUCCCCAGAAGAAUGCAGGGGGCAGGGAGAGCCCCCCAGUGACAGACACACCCUCUGUGCCAGGCUGGUGGAGAAGCCCAGCAGAGGGGCUGAGGAGCACCCUGAGGCUGGCCCAGGACCCAUCGUCACCCGCACGGCCUCGGGACCUGCUCUCGCCUUCUGGCAGGCAGUGCUGGCCGGGGACGUGGGCUCUGUCUCACACAUCCUGGCAGACUCCAGUACCGGCCUGGCUCCUGAUUCUGUCUUUGAUACCAGCGACCCGGAGCGAUGGAGGGAUUUCCGCUUCAACAUCCGUGCUCUGAGACUCUGGUCUCUGACGUACGAAGAGGAGCUGACCACCCCUCUGCACGUGGCGGCCAGCCGUGGCCACACGGAAGUUCUGCGGCUGCUGCUGAGGCGGCGGGCGAGGCCGGACAGCGCUCCCGGGGGCCGCACCGCCCUGCAUGAGGCCUGUGCUGAGGGCCACACAGCCUGCGUCCACGUGCUGCUGGUGGCAGGAGCCGACCCCAACAUCCCUGACCAGGAUGGGAAACGCCCCUUGCAUCUCUGCCGGGGGCCUGGCGCCCUUGAGUGCGCGGAGCUGCUCCUGAGGUUUGGGGCGAGAGUGGAUGGUCGGUCCGAGGAAGAAGAGGAAACUCCUCUGCAUGUGGCCGCCCGGCUUGGCCAUGUGGAGCUGGCAGACCUGCUUCUAAGACGUGGGGCAUGCCCCGAUGCCCGUGAUGCAGAAGGCUGGACCCCACUGCUGGCUGCCUGUGACACCCGCUGCCAGUCCCCUGCCGACGCUGAGGCCACCACGGCCCGUUGCCUCCAGCUGUGCCGCUUGCUGCUCUCGGCUGGAGCAGAUGCCGAUGCUGCUGACCAGGACAGGAGGCGGCCCCUGCACCUGGCCUGUCGCCGUGGCCAUGCUGCUGUCGUGGAGUUGCUCCUGUCCUGUGGUGUCAGUGUCAAUGCCAUGGACUAUGGGGGACACACGGCCCUGCACUGUGCUCUGCAGGGCCCAGCUGCAGCCCUGGCCCAGAGCCCUGAGCACAUGGUGCGGGCUCUGCUCAACCAUGAUGCCGUCCGCGUCUGGCCAGGGGCCCUCCCCAAGGUGCUGGAGCGCUGGUGCACGUCCCCACGGACCAUCGAAGUCCUGAUGAACACCUACAGUGGCAUGCAGCUUCCCGAGGAGGCCAUGGGCCUGGUACCACCUGAAACUCUGCAGAAGCACCAGCGUUUCUACUCCUCCCUCUUCGCCUUGGCGAGGCAGCCCAGAUCGCUGCAGCAUCUGAGCCGCUGCGCGCUCCGCUCCCACCUGGCAGGUUGCCUGCCCCACGCCCUGCCCCGCUUGCCCCUGCCGCCCCGCCUGCUCCGCUACCUGCAGCUCGAUUUCGAGGACGUGCUCUACUAGACAUCUACUGCCUUUUGAGAGAGCCUGAAAGCAGAUGCUCCAGCCUGCGGGGGCCGCUUCUCUGCAC